AUGUAUAAAUUAUUACAUACUUUACAAAAGAUGAAACUAAAUUUUCACACCCAUGUCUUAACUCCCAAAAUAAAUAGAAUUAAGGUUUCGGAAAGGGGUUCUUUUAAGUCGACACUAGAAGAUGGCAAAUAUGAUAUAACACCAGUUCAAAAGGUCCCUGAACAUAUUAUUCCUCCGCAUUAUGCUAAAACGGGGAUUGUUCAAAAUUCGAAUAUUGAAUACGAAAUUAAAGAUGAAGAAAGUGUUAUUAAAAUGAAAAGGGCUGCAAAAAUAGCAUCUGAAUGUUUGAAGUUGUGCUUAGAAAAUUCAAAGGAAGGAGUAACGACGGAUGAUAUAGAUAAAAUGGCCUUUGAUUUUUACAUACAAAAUAAUGCCUAUCCAGCAGGUAUUAAUUUUCACGGCUUUCCAAAAACACUAUGUGCUUCCCCAAACGAAGUUGUCUGCCACGGAAUUCCAAAUUUACGUAAAUUAAAAUCAGGUGAUAUUAUAACAUAUGACUGUACUGUUUAUGUCGACGGAGUAUUUGGGGAUUGCGCAGGAACUAUAGGAAUAGGAGAAAUUUCUGAAAAGCACCAAAAAUUAGUUGAUGUAAGCAAAGAAUGUCUUUACAAAGCUAUAUCUGUUUGUAGACAUGGCCAGAAGUUUUCUGAAAUUGGACGAGUAAUAACUGAGCAUGCAGAAAAAAAUGGAUUUAAUGUCAUAAGAGAUUUUUGUGGACAUUUCAUUGGACGUAAUAUGCAUAUGUAUCCUUUAAUUGAACACCAUUACCCGAAUAGUCACGACAAUAAUGAGUGUAUGAAAAAAGGGCAGAUAUUUACAAUCGAGCCAAUAUUAUCUGAAGGUAGUAUAAAUAUUCAUACAUGGAAAGAUCAGUGGACAGUUUGCACUAACGACAAUUCGUUUUGUUCACAGUGGGAACACACCAUUCUGGUUCAACAAAAUUGUGCUGAAAUAUUAACAAACUGUAAUUAA